AAUCUUGUCUAAUUAUAGCCCUCCAUAGCCUUUUAUUUGAUACUUAAUGAAAUAUUAAUAUAUGGGACCAGUCAAGUGCUGCGUCUAGGCAUCAUUAACUCCACCACCCUGUGUGUGUGUGGCUCCUUUAAAUAUAGUCACAUACAUUAAUUCUGUUUUUAUCCUUUAACAUUUUUCAUUUGUGAAAAUAAAUAAUGUACAGUAUUUGUAGAGCAAAAAGAAAAAACAGUCAUGUAUGAGAAUACAAAGCUGAUUCUGAUUUCCUAGUUCUUGUAGGACUCCUUCUUUGAGUUGGGCUGAAUUAAAUGUUUGGUCAUCCAAAGAUUUUUUUUUCUGAGAUAUAUUUAUCGGGUUGUGAUAAAAAUGCUUUGUUCUUUCGUCCUCACACACCCUGAACAAACAGCCGUUGAAGGUUUUGGACCAGAGAGUUUCCUCACCAGAUGAAACACAACAUCCGGCUACGUCACUUCCGCCCACUCCGUGUCAAACAUGGCGCUGCUCCUAAGGACGAUGGCCCGUCAGGGUGUCUCUCUCUCCAGACCACACUACAGUGUUUUCUACAGACAAGCUGCUCCAAUGGGAACCACAGCUAAGGAAGAAAUGAACAAGUUCUGGUCCAAAAAUGCCAAAUUAAGCCGACCCAUGUCUCCUCAUCUCACCAUUUACAAAUGGUCCGUCCCCAUGAUGAUGUCCAUCACAUUCAGAGGAACUGGAGUGGGGCUCAGCGGAGCUAUCUCAGCCUUUGCCUUGGCAGCGCUGGUACUACCGGAGAGUUACCCCCACUACCUGGACCUGAUCCACUCGCUCUCCGUCGGCCCCUAUCUCCUUGGUUUGGCCAAAUUCGCCCUCGUCCUCCCCGCGUCGUUCCACACCUACAACGGCAUCCGCCACUUGUGCUGGGACCUUGGCAAGGGCUUCAGAAUCCCCGAGGUGUACCGCACCGGCUACACGGUCAUCGGCCUGUCCGUCAUCACCUCCAUAGCCGUGGCUUUCUUCCUCUGAGCAGACGACCAGAAGAGAGGAAAGGGAAUCUGCACUCGCGUUCACUGUGGGAGUUUUGUGUAUAUGUUGUUGCCUACUGCAGGCACUAUUUCAUCAAAGAAUUAAAUAAAGGCUUAUAUUAUACUGUA